UGAGUUGGAGUUUAAACUUUGGACCCGAGAAGAAGAGCUGAGAGACACAGAGGAGACUCUCAGUAACAAAGACAAAGCUACUGCACAACAAAGAGAUUUGGCUGGAUCUUUGUUGUCUUGAGGGCCUCUCUCGUGUGCCAAGCAAACAGAGAAAUUAUGGAGCACUACCCAGAUCAGGGUUGUGAUGGCAUUGAGCUGCUCGACUGGCUGUUUGAUCAAAAUGAUGGAAUUCUCCGUCAUGAAGAAGCAGAACACCAUGGCAACCAUCACAACUGGCCAAUCCAAGACACGAACAUGCUGCAGCCCCCCGAACAGUCGGACAACGACUUCCUCAAUGCCCUCCUGAGUGGAAGUGAGUCUGUGUCAGGCUCGCCUCUCUGGUCCCCAUCUCCCAGUGACAGUGGCAUCAGUGAGGACCCUCCCUCAGACCAGAUGGACAGUCCGCAGCGGCCUGAGAGCCCACCCGUGGACACCCAGUUCUUCAGUACGAGGCCACAAACAAAGGCAGCCCUGGAAGCCAAUGUCUCCAUUGACCUCAACGGCUGGGAACCUGGAUUCCCAAUGGGCAGGCCAAGGAUUACACAAUAUCCAUCUGAUGUACACAGACCACAUCUGUCCACCGGCUUCCCGCUAACUGUCAAAGAUCUGCUUCUGUCUGGCACACCGGACCCAGCCCCACAGCCAUCCCAACAAUCUAUUCAAGAGCUGAUUCUCAAUGAGGAUGAGAAGAAGCUUUUGACGAAGGAGGGGGUGACUCUGCCCAGCCAACUGCCCCUCACAAAGUAUGAAGAGAGGAUUCUGAAGAAAAUACGGCGAAAGAUUCGUAACAAGCAGUCGGCCCAGGAGAGCAGGAAGAAGAAGAAGGAAUAUAUUGAUGGACUGGAGAGCAGGAUGGCUGCUUGCAAUGCUCACAACCAGGAGCUCCAAAGGAAAGUGUCUCAGCUGGAGAAGUGCAACACGUCAUUAAUGGAACAGUUGCGCAGGCUGCAGGCUCUCUUCAUGAAUACAUCUAACAAGCCGGCCCAGACUGGGACAUGUGUACUGGUUCUUCUGCUGUCCCUCUCACUAAUCCUGUUCCCCAGCAUGAAGCCCUUCCCUGACAACAAGGUCAGCGAAGGAGACUUCAGUCCAGUCAGAAUCCAGUCACGGUCCCUGCAGAACCUCCAGGCUUCCCGAGUGCUACGUGUCAUCGAUGCCCCAUUCUCCAGUGAGGACGAAUCAGAGCCCCUGCACCGGCAUUUCCCAGGAGACCAGGAACUGGAGGAUAUUAACACUCUGAUGGGAAAACUGGGAGUGAACCAAGAGAGGUCCCGUUUAGAAAGCGUGUCUCGAAACAGCAGUCAGAUGGAGAGAGUGGGCCAUUUCCACGUAGACCCCAUCACUGGUCACGUAGCCACUGUGACCUUGGAUCCCCACCGCUCUGCCAAGCUGCGGCCACAUGCUGAUGACAUGUAAGACAAAUUAAAAGAAUCGUCCCCGCAUUCCCUGUCCCCCCCCCCCACUGUUAGACACACACAAGGAAAUUAGGUUUUAAUCAUUCAUGUUUUGCCUUUAAUUUAUAUUCUGUCUUUAUGCCUUUGCCUUUUUUAUGAUACCAUUUUAUAUUAGUACAUGGAUUUGAAAUCUUACACUGAAACUGCCUGUCAAGAUAAACUGUGCAUCUUCCCUGGCUUUGAUAAAAUGCCGGUGUAAAUUCAUGUGUUUGUGACUGUCAACACUGGGAAAAUAGAGCUGUGAUGGACUGUACAUUUUUGAUCUCAGGAGAUAAUUAGUAAAACGUUAAAGGAUUUUGAAAGCCUGCUUUCAGUGGAUAAUCGCUUGGUUUAGAUACAUUCUUGGAUAAAACUGCCUCAAAUAAAAGAUCAUCAAAACGA